UAUUUUGUCCCCUCUAGAACUCUGUAGGGGUACAGGAAGUGUUGCCUAUGGUGACGGGGCGCGUUUAGAAUCCAGAAAACAUGGAGAAGUACGAGAAGAUUAAAGUGGUCGGCAGAGGAGCAUUCGGGAUAGUGCACCUUUGUCGCAGACGCACUGAUGGCGCGCUGGUGAUCUUGAAGGAAAUCCCAGUUGAGCAGAUGACCCGUGACGAACGUCUCGCGGCCCAGAAUGAAUGCCAAGUCCUCAAGUUACUCAACCACCCCAACAUAAUUGAGUAUUAUGAAAACUUCCUUGAGGAUAAGGCGUUAAUGAUCGCAAUGGAAUACGCUCCAGGUGGAACCCUGGCUGAUUACAUACAGAAACGCUGCAACUCCUUGUUAGAUGAGGACACCAUAUUACAUUUCUUUGUUCAGAUCUUACUGGCUCUUUAUCAUGUGCACAAUAAACUCAUCCUACACCGGGACCUCAAAACCCAGAACAUACUCCUAGACAAGCAUCAGAUGAUAGUAAAAAUAGGAGAUUUUGGAAUCUCGAAAAUUCUUGUCAGCAAGAGCAAAGCUUAUACUGUUGUGGGGACACCGUGUUAUAUCUCUCCAGAACUUUGUGAAGGAAAGCCAUACAAUCAGAAGAGUGACAUUUGGGCCCUCGGCUGUGUGCUUUAUGAGCUUGCUAGUCUCAAGAGAGCUUUUGAGGCAGCAAACCUGCCAGCCUUGGUGCUGAAGAUCAUGAGUGGCACAUUUGCCCCCAUUUCAGAUCGUUACAGCCCAGAGCUGAGACAACUAAUUCUCAACAUGCUGAAUCUGGACCCAUCUAAAAGGCCCCAACUCAAUGAGAUAAUGGCUCAUCCCAUCUGCAUUAGGCCAUUGCUCAAUCUUUACACUGACAUAGGCAAUGUCAAAAUGCGCAGAAUAGAAAAGCCACUUUCUACUGUACAGACAGGGCCUCAUGGAAGACCUGGUGGACGCUUAGCAAGUACCAGAACCAGAGGAGGACUGUCAGGGCUAACUUCAACAAAGAUGAUGCACCCAUUGCCUUUAUCUUCAGUGUACACCUGGGGCAGUGGCAUUUCCACUCCUCUGCGUCUGCCCAUGUUAAACACAGAGGUUAUACAAGUGUCCCUGGGCCGCACACAGAAGAUGGGUGUCACCAAAUCUGGGAGGCUCAUCACAUGGGAGGCCCCCUCGGUUGGAUCCGGUGAGCCCACUCUGCCCGGCGCUGUUGAGCAGUUGCAGCCCCAGUUUAUCUCCCGCUUCCUGGAGGGACAGUCAGGUGUCACGAUCAAAUCUGUCUCAUGUGGUGAUCUCUUCACAACCUGCCUAACAGACAGAGGUAUAAUCAUGACGUUUGGAAGUGGAAGCAAUGGUUGUCUUGGACAUGGGAACUUCAACGAUGUGACACAGCCCAAGAUAGUAGAGGCUCUUCUGGGCUAUGAGUUGGUUCAAGUGUCUUGUGGAGCAUCCCACGUUCUGGCAGUGACCAAUGAGCGAGAGGUUUUCUCCUGGGGGCGAGGAGACAACGGCCGGCUUGGUUUGGCCACUCAAGACUGCCACAACUGUCCACAGCAGGUGAGUUUGCCAGCUGAUUUUGAAGCACAGCGUGUGCUGUGUGGGGUGGACUGCUCCAUGAUCAUGAGCACACAGCACCAGAUCCUGGCCUGUGGGAACAACAGAUUUAACAAGCUGGGUUUGGAUAAGGUCUCAGGCGCAGAGGAGCCUUCACCUCACGGUCAGGUGGAGGAGAUCCACACAUUCCAGCCUGUCCAGUCUGCUCCUCUAAAUGUUGAGAAGAUCGUUUAUAUAGACAUCGGCACAGCACACUCUGUUGCAGUCACAGAGAAAGGUCAGUGUUUCACCUUCGGCAGUAACCAGCAUGGGCAGCUUGGCUGCAGUUCCCGCAGAACCAGUCGAGUGCCCUAUCAAGUCUCAGGACUGCAGGGAAUCACCAUGGCUGCGUGUGGCGAUGCUUUCACUCUGGCUAUUGGAGCAGAGGGGGAUGUGUACACCUGGGGUAAAGGGGCACGUGGUCGACUCGGAAGGAAAGAAGAGGAUUCUGGGAUACCAAAGACAGUGCAGCUUGAUGAGAGUCACCCUUUCACUGUCACCUCGGUGGCUUGUUGCCAUGGAAACACACUGUUGGCUGUGAAACCAUUUUUCGAAGAGCCUGUUCCAAAGUGAUAGCGCUGCCUCUUGCUCCACACACUCCACAAAAAAGGCUCUGUCCAUAAGGAUUGAGGGAUUGGAUGCUAUAGUGUCGGUUCAUUGAGAAUUAUAAGCCAUGCAGUUGCGUUUAUAACGUGACAUAAUUUCCAGCUAUGUAAAGCUUUUUUUUUUUUUGACCAAAUGUAAAUACUUAUUAAUUUAUAACAGCAGAAUUGUUCCAAUUCUCUAUUUGCAGUAUUACAUAUUUUGUGUACAUAAAUUAGACUGAAAUAGGUUAAAAAAUAAUAAUAAAUAUGCAGUAUUGUAAAUAAUGCCUGAUUCAUCACUGAGGCCAGACUGAAUGGAAGAAAAAUAUUUAUGUGAAGAUAAUAAAGUGCUGCUUAUGUUUCCACAUAAUUGGAAGUUAAAACUCAAUUUUGAAAGUGCAUCAUAAAUAUAUGACUGGACAUUAUGACAGUUGUAAUGUGGGAGUUCAAAAAGAAAUUCUUUAAUAAAUAAAAGCUUUAAUAAUAAAUAUACAUUUAAAAUAAUAUAUUAUUUAUAUUGCUAAUAAUAAUAAUAUCUUAUUGUUAAUUAUAAUCAUUGUCAAUUAUUAACUAUUAAGUAUUGUUUUUUUUUAGCUAGAAUGCAUAUUAAUGUAUAUUGCAUAUUAAAAAGCAUACUCAUUUUUUAUUCUCAGAUGAAUACCAUCAACAUGGCAGAAAACACAGCGCUCGUGCGUCCAUCAUGCUAUGAUGUAAUUCUUGUGCAAUACGUGAUGCUCAGAGCGGGUCAUUAAUGUGGCGCGCGCUUUUCCAUGCAAAACAGAGGGUUUAAUGUUUAAAUGAAACCGAACUAUUAAAUAGCCUAACUCUAAUAAACUGUCUUACUCCAAUUCCAUGAUUUAUGUUUGUUAUUGUUGUUGUUGUUCUGUUGACGUAAUGUCUGCUCGUGCAUGUAUGUGUGCUUCUCACCGAUAGAGGGAGUCGUUUGCCUUACAAAUAACUUUCUGCAACCUUUUGUUACUAGUAAUUGCCUUUGAAUGCAAGCUUUUUAAUAAAUAA